AUGUCUCAACAAACCGUCAUUCUCAUUACAGGCGCGAAUUCAGGAGUCGGCUACGCAACCGCCCAAAUUCUCGCCGCACACCCGAACCACCAUAUAAUCUUAGCCUGCCGUGACCCGAAGAAGGGCCAACAAGCCCUCUCCGAACUCCAAAGCAAAGACCUCAAGGGAACUCUAUCCCUCCUCCAGCUAGACGUGGAAGACGACACCUCCAUAGCCCAAGCAGUCGACACCGUAUCCAAACAAUUCAAUCGACUCGACAUCCUACUCAACAACGCCGGCUCCGCCGCACCUAACAGCAGCGGCCGCGCCAGACUGAACCAGAUCUUCUCGACGAACGUGAUCGGCGCAACACUAGUCUCAGAGGCCUUCAUCCCCCUCCUCCUCAAAUCAGAAAACCCCUAUCUGAUCCACGUCUCCAGUGGUCUGGGCUCGAUGAAACUGGCAACUGAUCCCAGCAGUGAAGUUUAUGCUGUGCCUUGGGAUGAGUAUCGCGCAAGUAAGGCGGCGCUGAAUAUGAUAACUGUUCAGAUGCAUAAGCGGUUGCAGAGCCGUGGUGUGCGUAUUUUUGCGUUCUGUCCUGGUCUUGUGAGGUCGAAUCUGAGGGGCGAGGAUGAGACUGCUGUUAGUGCGCAUGGAAGCGCUGGGGAUCCGUUGGAGGCUGGGAGAGGGAUUUUGGGGAUUAUACUUGGUGAGAGGGAUGGGGAGGCUGGUGGGUUUGUUAAUAAGGAUGGUCCGUUGCCUUGGUAG